AUGGGAGAUGGUAGACAAAGAUACACCAACAACACCAAGACUUCGAUGACUUUCUUACUCUUUAUUAUAAUUGCAGCUUCUUUUUCCAGUUACAACAUUUUGGCUUCAGAGAUCAAACCUUCUGGGAGAAUUGAUGAUAUGUGCAAGAAUACUUGUUCGCCAACGUACGACUAUGAUAAAUGUGUGGCUGAUUGUAGGAAGGCUGGCUUCUCAUCUGGGAGUUGUGCUACUUCUUUCGGAAACAAAUGUUGUUGCACCAAGUGA